CUCCGUCAGCCUCCAUCAACCCUCCGUCAGCUCCUCGUCAGCACUCCGUCACCCCUCCAUCAGCCCUCGUCAGCACUCCGUCAGCCUCCAUCAGCACUCCGUCAGCCCUCCGUCAGCACUCCGUCAGCCCUCGUCACCCCCCGUCAGCCUCCAUCAACCCUCCGUCAGCUCCCCGUCAGCACUCCGUCACCCCUCCAUCAGCCCCCGUCAGCACUCCGUCAACCAUCUUCAGCCCUCCGUCAACCAUCUUCAGCCCUCCGUCAACCCUUCGUUAGCUCCCGUCAAGCCCCCGUCAGCACUCCGUCAGCCUCCGUUAGCACUCCGUCACCCCUCCGUCAGCCCCCGUCAGCACUCCGUCAACCAUCUUCAGCCCUCGUCAGCCCCCCGUCAGCCCCCCGUCAGCCCUCCGUCAGCCAUGGGAGGGCGAGGCGUCCCGUUGUUCGUGUUGGCUCUUCUCCUACAAGCCGCCACGAGCAUCAAGGUGGAGCGCGUGGUGGUUCCUUCAAUAGUCGAGGCGGGGAGUAACGUGCUGCUGGAGUGCUUGUACGAGGAGGACGGCGACAAACUGUACUCCCUGAAGUGGUGGCGAGGGGACGACCAGUUCUACCAGUAUGUUCCCCCGUCGAGACACGCCUUCCCGGUUAGCGGCGUGGCGGUGAACCUGACGGCCACUAAUGCUCUGAACUCGCGGAGUAACGGGCAGGAGAUCGUGUUGCUGGAACGCGUGGGUCUGGACACGGCCGGGGUCUUCAAGUGUGAGGUGAUGGCAGACACAAGCUUCCAGACAGAGUUCCGUGAAGCCAACAUGACCGUGAUUUACGUGCCCGACGGUCCCCCCAGCAUCACGGGCGCGCAUGGGACGCAUCUGCAUAACAUCUCGGUAGGGCAGACGGCAUCCCUGCGCUGUGCGUCCCCCCCUGCCAGCCCGCCGCCCGCUCUUACCUGGCUCAUCAACGGUCGGCAGGUCAACGGGUCCUGGAUCAGCGCCGAGUCCCCAGUAUUCCAGCGUAACCUCGCCCGGGUGUCCUCCAGGCUACGGUUCACGGUGCAGGAGAGCAUGGUGCUGGGCGAACGAGAGGUGCGGGUGACUUGCUCCGCCGCCCAGGACAUGCACGCACCACAUCUUCAGCCACAGAGCAUUACCGUCACUCUCCACCUGGCGCCGCAGCCCACGCUUUGGGAGAGGAUCUUUAGCAGGAGUUGUGGCACACCCAUGCUCUCAGUCAGCAGGCGUCACCACCAUCUACUGAGUCUCCUGCCGCUGCUGCUGCUUCUACUGCUCGCCUGCUGAAGGAAAGGGGGGGCCAUGUACCUCCCCACACCCCCUACCCACCCCCUCACCGCUUACUCGCUCCUGCUGCCCCCACCUCCUCACCCAGCGGUUUACAGAUUUGUGGCGCUGAAUUUUACCUUGAGGCUCACCUGUGCACCGAGGAGACUUGUUGCCUUAUUACCUGUGAAUUAGGCGACAAACACACAGAAGGUAAGUCAUUUUGU